AUGGCCAAAGGUCGCAAGCUAACGACCAGCCGGAGCGAGCGCUUUUUGGGAACCUUCGCCUACCCUCACGGCGGCGGCUCCGCAGCCGUGGACUCUUCAGAGCUCCGGGAGGAGGAUGUCUGGAGCGCUGGUGGUGACUCCAGCGAGCGCGAGUGGGAGCCACACGCCUCCGCCGGAAGCAACGGCGGGGACAGCCGGCGGCGGAUUCCACGUGACACGGAGAACCACCGUCGCGUGGGAGGUCUGUCGCUGGCGUUUGAAGCUCCGGCGAGUGGCGCUUCGCCGAGGAUCGUGCACCAGUUCCGCGCGCGAGAAGAAAUGGUGGCAUCGCCGCGUGGACGCCACUUGGCGACGUCGGCACCGGUGAACGUGCCGGACUGGAGCAAGAUUCUCCGAGUGGACUCGAUCGAGUCGAUGAACGAUGACGAGGACGAUGACGAGUCGGAGAUGGUGCCACCGCACGAGUACUUGGCGCGUAGCCAAAAGAUGGUGGCGAAUUCGGUGUUUGAAGGCGUGGGCCGCACGUUGAAGGGCCGCGACUUGAGCCGGGUUCGUGACGCGGUCUGGAGCCAAACCGGGUUCGACGGGUGA